CCCGAUCCAUCAUCACCAUGUCUGACGCCGCGAAGCCCGACCCCACCACCGCUGCUCCUGCUGAGGAGAAGAAGGAGGAGAAGCCCACCACCACUACCGAAGAGUCCAAGCCCGAGACCGAGAAGCCCGCCGCCCCUAAGACGACGGACAGUGUUUUCGCUAUGUUUGGCGGUGGUCCUAAGAAGGAGAAGAAGCAGGAGGAGGAGUCUCAGGAGGCUAAGGAUGAGCCUUCUGGUUCCGCUAAGGCGCAGAAGGAGGGUGAGGAGGAGGAAGCUCCCGAAUCCCCCGAAGUCCACUUCGAGCCCGUCAUCCGCCUCACCGAGAAAGUCGAGACCAAGACCAACGAAGAACUCGAGGAGCAGAGCUUCAAGAUGCGCGCUAAGCUGUUCAGAUUCGACCCCAUCAGCAAGGAGUGGAAGGAGCGUGGUACCGGUGACGUGAGAUUGUUGAGGCACACCGAGAACAACAAGACCCGCCUGGUGAUGCGCCGUGACAAGACCCUCAAGGUCUGCGCUAACCACUACAUCGUCCCUGACAUGAAGUUGAGCCCCAACGUCGGCAGUGACCGUAGCUGGGUGUGGAACGCAACCGCAGAUGUCAGCGAGGGUGAGCCCGAGGCUGCUACUUUGGCUAUCCGUUUCGCCAACAGUGAGAACGCCAACCUGUUCAAGGAUGCCUUCGAGAAGGCUCGGACGGAGAACGAGAAGGCCAUUCCUCAGUAGAGUCGCACAGUAUUCAGACUCUUGCUUAAAAAGAAAGAAAUAUAAUGAUUGGAUGCUCCCAAACCAUCACGUUUCAUUGUGCCCCGUCUCAGAAGAGUUUUGAUUGAUCUGGAGCAUACCCCCCUCCUUUCCCCUCCCACCAUACCUACAUCUAUGUUCUUCCCCGUUGCUUAUUCCCCUCUUCCCUUUUAUUCCAAUUCCCCUUACCCGGCCCCUACCCGCGCGAGACAGCAGAGAUGAGUUGUUUUCUCGUCAUGAAUAUGAGUUAUGCACGAACUUGAGAUGAGUGACAACAUCGGAUGGUAUUUGGUGUAUGUCGCGAAGGAAUUUGGUAGUAGAUAGACUUGAUCACUCGAAUAUAUGCCUCCAUACUACGACAAGAUUUCCUGAAUAGACUGUUUGCUCAUGCACAUUAUAUACAUUAUGUACCGAGAAAAUAAUUGUAUUGUACUAGGCGGCUACCA